AGAGGGAGGGGGGGACUCAAGCAUGUAUGUGUUGGUGGGGAUGUAUUGGAAUUAAAUCAUUGAAGGAGAAGAAGACUUGAUAAUUAUGAAGUAGAAAGGAGCAGUGGAAGAGUAAAGAACAAUCUUCUUAUUAAGAAGAACAAGAACAAGAGAAAAGAGGAGAAAGAAAGGGGUCUUUGGCUUGCUUGUUUUCUUCUCUUUCAUGUCUUGAGUGCAACUGUUGCUUUAGAUAUAUAUAUAUUUUUUUCUUUUUAUUUGGGGAUUUCUUUGCUUUUGUAUUUUCUUGAUUUUGUUGGAAUUUGGAAGUUUUCAGGUUGCUACAGUGGAGGUAUAGAUCAAUACCCACCAUCUAGAAUUUCCAUUUUUUGGGAUUCUGAAGGAGGGUAGGGACUAGAGAGGAAGUUGAAAUUUCAUGUAGAGUAGUAGAAAUUUUGUCUGAUUUUUCAGUUUUUAGGUUGGUGAGAAGAACAAGAAGAAGGAAAAGGAAAAGGAAAAGGAAAAGAGAAGGAGCUUGUUAAAGAUGGCUGCGGCUCCGUCGGCGGCGGCAUCCUUCUUCGGAAUCAGGGAAGUAGAUCAAAACCAAAUAAAACUACAGCAACAACCCUCCACACCCACUUCAUCAGCUGUUCUAGCCACAGCACCUCAGAAGAAGAAGAGGAAUCUGCCAGGAACACCAAAUCCGGAUGCAGAGGUGAUUGCACUAUCUCCCAAGACUCUAAUGGCCACAAACAGGUUCAUUUGUGAGGUAUGCAACAAAGGGUUUCAAAGGGAGCAAAACUUACAGCUCCACAGAAGAGGACAUAACCUUCCUUGGAAGCUAAGGCAGAAGACAACAAAAGAGGUGAAGAGAAAGGUUUAUUUGUGUCCUGAGCCCACAUGCGUCCACCAUGACCCUUCAAGGGCUCUUGGUGACCUUACAGGUAUUAAGAAACACUUCUGUAGAAAACAUGGAGAGAAGAAAUGGAAGUGUGAUAAGUGCUCAAAGAGAUAUGCAGUUCAGUCUGAUUGGAAAGCCCAUUCCAAGACCUGUGGCACUAGAGAAUACAGAUGUGACUGUGGAACUCUCUUCUCAAGGGUUUGUUCUCUUCUGGGUGGGCUCGAUGUGACCUUCCUCAGCUCUUGCAGACGUGAUAGUUUCAUAACCCACAGGGCCUUCUGUGAUGCACUAGCUCAAGAGAGUGCAAGGCUACCCACUGGGUUAAACACUAUAGGAAGCCAUCUAUAUGGAAGUAGCAGCAUGGGUCUAGGCUUAUCUCAAGUGGGUUCACAGAUUUCCUCAUUACAAGAUCAAAACCAUCGCUCUAGUGAUUUACUGCGACUUGGCGGUGCAGCAGGAGGAGGACAAUUUAAUCAUCACCUCAUCUCGCCGACAUCGAAUCCUUCUUCGUCGUUCCGGUGUCCUCAACAGACCCAUUCACCUGCCUUCUUCCUAUCAGGAGCUUCUAGUCAAGAAUUUCAUGAAGAGAACCACCAUGGGCUUUUACAAAACAAGACCUUUCAUGGACUAAUGCAACUUCCUGAACUUCAAAGCAGCACAAGCAAUUCCUCUUCUUCUGCAGCUGCAGCUGCUGCCAAUCUCUUCAACAUCAGCUUUUUUUCCAGCAACAGCACCAGUAGCAGCAUCAACAAUAGCAACAAUGCCAACAAUGACAACAGUCAUCAAUUGACCUCUUCUGGGUUACUAAUUCCUGAGCAGUUCAAUAAUGGAAAUAAUGCUGGUGGAGAAGGAACUAAUUCUCUCUUUUCUGCAAACCUAAUGGGUGAUCACAUUGGAUCAAAUGUCUCAUCUCUAUACAACAAUUCAGUGCAAAAUGAUGUUGUUAUUCCUCAAAUGUCUGCAACAGCUUUGCUUCAAAAAGCUGCUCAAAUGGGUUCAACAGCAAGCAGUGGAAGUGGUUCUUUGCUUAGAGGCUUUGGCAGCAGCUCUUCAUCAAGUGGUCCUAAAUCUGACAGGCCUCAUCACUUGACUACCAACUUUAGGGCUAAUUUUGGAAGUGGUGAAGGGGGAGAAACCCUAAGGUCAAGGUUGGAAAAUGAAAACCAUCUCCAAGACCUAAUGAAUUCUCUAGCCAAUGGUGGUUCCUCCAUUUUUGGACAUGAACAAGAGAUCAACUUUGGUGGAUUCAAUACAAACCGAAUUUCAUUGGAACAACACCAUCAGAGUACUAAUUUUGGUAACAUGGAUGAACCAAAGUUGCAUCAAAAUCCCACUGUGAGUCUUGGAGGAUCUGAUAGGUUAACCAGGGACUUCCUAGGUGUUGGUGGGAUGGUAAGGAGCAUGGGAGGUGGUGGGCUAUCACAAAGAGAACAGCAUAGUAUUGAUAUCAGUUCUCUGGAUCCACAAAUGAAGUCAGCUACUAAUCGAUCCUUCGGAGGCGGUGGGAACCUGCAGUAAUGAUGAUCUGGUGAGAGUGAAAGAAAGGAUUUUAGGUAAGUGACUCAAAAACCUGGUCAAUUUGCAGGAUUUUAGGUAAGUGACUCAAAAACAUGUUCGAUUUGCUUUGGAGAGGCUUUUAUCUCUCACAUUUGACUUCCCUUAAAUCUUCUUGCUGUGAGUAGGUGUUUUGAUUAUAGAUCGUCAUGCACUGAGAAUAGUUGCUUUUAUUUUUAUUUUUCCAUUAUCCUUUCUAUCCUUUUUUUGUUCUCUUUCUCUUGCUAUCCCUAGAAGGGAGAGUAACUCAAUAAAAAUAGACCCUUAAUUUCCUUCA